UGGAGACAUCACUACUUGGUCAGUAGGACAGUUGAUCCUCCGAUCACGUUUCAAAACCGAGAUAGACUUUGAGGAGAACAAAAGAAAAAGUAACGCCAGUCUGCACCGAAGCUGGACUAAAUCUCAGACCGACCAAAUCAGCUCCGAGGACGGAGUCCCAGUAUUAAUGGGAGAAUAAUUCCAUUUUUCCCUUAGUUUAUGUCGCUCUCGAUCGUCCUCCAAUCGAUCCAGCAUUAUCCCGGCACCGCAGGACGAUCGAAUGACUUACAGCAAUGCGAUCGGUCCCAACAGUUCACAGUGGCUCCCGACUAUCGCGGUCAAUUGGAAGUGAAGGACUCACCAACUUUUUCCUUUUUCAUCAUUUUCUUUUUUUUUCUGAUUACUUUUUCUAUUUUAAUUUCUUUUCUCAGUUCAUUGCUCUCUUUUCUUUUCCUUUUCUUAUUUUUUUUUCUCCUUCCCCAACCUGUCUCUUGGGCCCUCCUCCCUUGUGUGAUUCCUAUUACUAUCAUAGCCAUUUUAUUUGAUUUAAAAUUUAAUCGUUUUUCUGUAGUGGUAACCAGGAGCAAGAGUAAUGAGUAGACAUCGAAUGAGCUCAUCUUAUUUCAGAUGAGAUUUCCCUAAUCAGAUUGGUCUCCCGAGUUGGUCAGUAGGCGCCUCUGAUUUGAUCUGCUCUGGCCUUGCCCGCGUUGAAU